CGCGCCGCCGCCGCCGCCGCCGCCACCCUCUAAUCGCGCGGGGGGUCAGCGAGCGGAACUGCGGAACGCCGUCUCUGCUCGUUAGGCCUAUCCAAACCUAGCUCAGCUGCGCUUCCUCCGCUCUCCCUCUCCGGCCUGCCCCUUGCGCCCUACGCCGCUAACUCGCCCGGCUCGGCCGGUCGGCCCUCCCCUCAUCCCCUGGAUCCUCUUCCUCUCCAGUCUCCCUUGGCCCUGGAGGUAGUCGGCCGGAUCUCGCCGGUCGCCGGAUACGCGCUCGGCCGGCCACUGCUCGCCGCGGCCGCCGUCCAGCCCCCACCGUCCUGUCCGGCUGUCCGUCCAGCCUCCAGCGCCCAUCGGCAGGCCAGCCCAACAACAGGUCUUGCGCUUGUUGUCAUCUGAUGGACGACAAGAGUAAUGUGAAGAAGGAAAUAGAUGGAUCCCUUGCACCCCGUCCUCGCAAGGGAGGACUUAAAUUCGCACCCAGGAAGCCUCCAAAGAAACCUGCAAAGGUCAUUCCGAAAACGGAGCCUGUUGAGGAGAGCAAGGAUGAAAUCAUUGAUAAGGAAUUGCUGAUGAAACUCAAGACAUCACAAAGCACUGAUCCCUUUGGAAGAAGACCAAAAAUUGAGAAAAAGGAAAACCAUACAGAGGUCGCAUUUGGACAAGGGAAUUCUUCCUAUGCAAGAUCGUUUCCUACUCGACAUUAUGCAACAGCACCAAAAGAACCAAAAGAAUAUGUCGAUCCAUGGGACUAUACACAUAGCGAUUAUCCUGUUACUCUCCCACUUAGGAGGCCCUACUCUGGGGAUCCUGAAAUUCUUGAUGAAGAGGAAUUUGGAGAGUCUUCUGCCAGCAGAGGUCAGGAUGAUGAAUUAACUGCAGCAGACGAACUUGGAUUAAUGGAACGGUCCGACACACCACAGUUACUCUUCUUCCAGUUACCUUCGUCUCUUCCUUUACCAAAGCAGGCACAAGUUCAAGAGCCAGAUAUGGGCUCUGAGGAGAAUGCUGAACCUGCAAACAGAAGCUCUAAAGUGACACGUGAGCAAAGAAGGCCAUCAUCAUUACCUGGCUCUAAGAUCAAAGAUUUACCAGCAGGUCACAUGGGGAAGAUACUCGUAUAUAAAAGCGGUAAAGUUAAGAUGAAGAUCGGAGAUGCUCUAUUUGAUGUAUCUCCUGGCUCAAACUGUUUGUUCGUCCAAGAGGUUGCAGCGAUUAACACAAGAGAGAAACACUGCUGCACCUUGGGGGAGAUCAGUAAGCGUGUGGUUAUAACCCCGGAUGUUGACUAUCUGCUGGAUCCUACUGAUAAGAUGGAAGAAUAAGCCCAUCUUUGCAUGAGAUGUUCUUCAUGAGAACAACUUAUGACCCUUCCAGGGCUUCAUUCUAGGAGGGAGGCAUCAAUCUUUUUUCCUCUCCAUAUGCUAUUCUUCGGUUUUCGAUGAAAUGCUUGAUCCACAAAAGAAGAACAAUAGUUGAGUUGAUCAGUCAGUGACAAAUAGAUCACUGCUGAAGCGAGGGGAACGAAAUAAGGUUGUGGGUUUCCUAUGAAAGAUAAGCUUGUGGAGCAAUUUUAUGCAAUGUUCAGGUCUUUCGAUCAAGUUUUCUGAACUGAAGGUACUUAUAUAUGCAAACAAUGUUUUCUUUUCUUACCA